AUGAUUGACAUUCUAAAGAUCACUUUAGAGGAUCUUGAUAAACUCCAACGGGAGAUCUCAAAAUUUAUGGAUUUUUUGAUUAGUAUACAGGACAUUGUGGCUGAGGUCAAAGACGGCGAUGACCGUGUCUUGAUAAAGGACCUUACUGCGAAAGAUAUUGACGACAUGAAUGACGACCCACAGUUAAAGAAAGAUUAUCUUCGAGAUGUUUCCCUUAUGAAAGAGAGACUUUCCAUCGCAUCCAGGGCAACUGGACUAUACACUGAGCUUUCAGAUAAGUUCAUACUUCCUGCCAUCGACUGGGUGGGUACAUUGUCCACUCUCAACUUGUCCGAUGAGGCUUAUGGAGAAAUGGAGCUUCAAAUCAAUGCCAAACGAUUGGAGUUGUCAGAAGGAGCUGAGCAGUUGGUUACGAAGCGGGUUGCUGAAAUUGGCAUUGAACUCAAGGCCCGCUGUCCCCAGGCAAUUGUUACUGAACUCGCGGACGAUGAUUCAGAGGAAUUCGAAGAACGUGUUAACACCCAAGUCUGA